AUGAAACUGGCGACUGAUCAAAUAUUCAACCUCAACUUGUUUUCUUGGAAUAAUGUUACCAGAUUACUACUUAUCUGUUCACUGUUUUACAACAGGGAUACUCUGCAAUGUCUCUCUUUAUUGAGGGUUAUAAUAAUUUUGGAGAAGGCUGAUAGAGUAUUUUCUAUAAAUCUUCACUUUAAACUAAAUAUAAAUUCUUGGUUAAAAUGUGGACAUUCAUCAACAUGGUUUAGAAAUAGAGGGAGAGAAAAGAAUAACUUAUUGAGAGACAUAUUGUUUUGAAGUUUUCAUCCCUCACGCUAGGCUUUUAUCUGGUCUAUCUAGUCUUUUAUCUCAACAAGAGUGGUAUAGUUUAAGAAAACCUGGUAAAUUUUCGAUAUUCUCAAUAUUUUACCAGAAAUCAUAGAUUACUUUUUGUACUGUUAAUGCAAAAAUUAAUAACUUGGGUUUAACAUAAUGGGCUCGGCUAAAAAAGAAACCCUAUAUUAAGAAGCUUAGCCUUAGGCAGAGUAAACAGUGACUGGCUUUAUCAGGUAUUAAUGAGACUACUCUCUUUCCAGUUUGGACAAGCAGAUGAAACUCUUCUUGUAUAGAGCUCUCUUGUGUCUACUAGUCGUACAAAAUGAUGAGAUCAUCUCUCGGUAUCACCAGUGUAAUCAUUUUCGACCAAUGUUUCU